CAAAACUACUUUAUCUGAAAACAAAAAGAAGCUCUAAAACAAACAACAUGUCAAUUGUAAAGCUGCAGUCGUCUGAUGGUAAAACGAUGGAAGUUGACUUCGACAUCAUCACGAGAUGCUCAGGAACAAUAAAAAGGUUUUUGGACGACUGGGAGGAUGCCGCACUGCCGUUGGAGAAUAUAAAUUCAGAUAUUUUGACAAUGGUGAUAGAGUGGGCAGAAUUCCAUUUCAAGCCGGAUGCGAGUGAAAAAGAUAUACACCGAUGGCGACAAACUUUCGUCAGCCAGAACCAUGUUGCGCUCUUUAGUCUAAUAAAGGCCGCCAACUAUCUGGACAUCGAGAGUCUACACGAUGUGACUUGCAAGACCGUGGCAUACAUGAUUCGAGGCAAAACACCCGAGGAAAUGCGCAGAAUUCUCCACAUCGAGGAUGACUACAAAAAUCUUUCUGAUGAGAGCAUGAACGCAUUGCAAUUCCAUAAUAUAUAACAACCAAUAUCGCAAAA